AUGAAUACAAGGAAUGGUACAACAACAACAACAACAACAACAACAACAACAACAACAACAACAACAACAACAACAACAACAACAACAACAACAACAACAACAACAACAACAGUAUCAACAAGUAAAGAUAUUUGAUU